UCAGUGAUGUAAACCUGCAGUGCGUGAUUUGUGGACAUUUGUUAAUAAGAAGUGUUUGCCAGUGGAAUCAAAUCUUUAAUGGAAAAUAACACGUGUAAUUGUUGUUUUAUAGCCUAAGAGCUCCAGUUGUAGUUAAAAAGUUAACAACACGAUAUUAGUUGAGGUUGUCAGGCAGUCACGUUAGUAAUCGUCUAUUUUGUUUGAUUCGCUAUUGUGUUUGAAUCGCGCCUUGCAGGAAGCUUUACUCAGUUGCUGUUGUUGCUUUUGAACGGAAGAACCAAUAUCACCGGAAAGCCUCAGAAAAUAAUCGCUGAACGUAUUGGGAAUUGCAGGUGGUUGAAAUGUUAACUGCUAAAGAAAUAGAAUUUGCAAAACAGCUGUUGGCAUACUUGGACACAAAUGACCUAAUAUCUUUGACAAAAACAACAACAAAUGAUGUCAUUGUACCGACUUCAAGAAGUGAUGCAACUGCAGCAAUUUUGCUGCACACAGAGACAAUUGAUGUUCUGCUUAGCAGGAAGAAAUUAACCAAAGAAGUACUGUUUAAAUACUUGCAUGAUAGACAGCAAAGUGUCUCUUUGAGUGAGCCUAAGGAUAAGCUUAGAAAACGCAUUUUGCAACUCUUGGGUAUAAGUAAAAAAAGAACUACUGUGAGGUUUGAAACUGGUAAUUAUAACUGUGAGAACAGAUCUGAUGAUUCUGGAGCUGGUUCUGAUGUCUCAGGCUCAGAAGACUGUGACGGAAGAGGUGGAGACAGUCAUCACUAUGGUUUGGAGCUUCACAAUUAUUCAAAUCCACUGUCAGACUCUACAGGUGUUCCAAACGUUGUGCAGGAUACAGGUACAUACCAGGAUCCCACAGUAACUACUGAUGCAGUGUGCCAUAUGAGUGGAGAUAAUAGAAUAGCUGUUCAGGCAAACUUUCCUAUCACCGAAUUCAGUCAGCAGUUUGUGACCUGGUUCUAUAAACUUCUGAAUGCUGGUGGUGUUGGGGAAGAACACUUUUGGGCAGAUGCAGCAGCAGAAAUGUUGUUAUUGCCAGGAGAGCAGGUCAGCCAAGGUAGUGCAGCCAGUGGUGUUUCCCAGUUGCUUGACUGGGUUAGAAACCAGUUGGGUCUUGCUUUUAAUCCUAAUGUGACAAGAGAAGGUGUCCGUGGUAGGUUUGAUCCACACGGACUUAUAACAAUUGUUGCAUGUGGAACGUUACAUACUCCAGAUCGGUGUGUUGGUGUCUUUACUCAGAAAUUUGCUCUCGCAAGAGAUCCUUUCUCAAACAACAAUUGGAAAGUGAAGAACACUAAGGGAGUUCUCCGUUGCCCUGGCAAUGCACUGGAUCAGAGUACAUUAGUAAUACCCACACUUGACAGCGCAGCUUCUGACAUAGCAUUACUAGAGCCGUCUUGAACAUAUUGCUGGUCUGAGUAGAACAUUCAUUAUUACUGUUGAGUGUUAUGGCUCAAAUUUGAUCCACCUGAUUAAACAGAGUAACUCUGUCAUUAGACUUAAGUUCUGUACUUGGACAGGAGGCCGAAUGAUGGGUGUGAAUACAUGUGCUUAUGUGUUUCAGUGUAUUAAUAACUAAUUUAUGAAGCAUAAAGAAGAUAAUACUCCCAGAGUUGGGUUUUCAUUUAUCACUCACACUAAAUUAUUUUUCUAUAAUAAAAAAGGAAUGGUUGUACUUCUUUAAGUAGCCUGUGUGUGAAAAAAUUAUAGAAUAUGUAAAUUAAAAACCAGUAUUGUAUUCAUUGUAAAUGAAGCUACAUAUCCAAACCACAUUGGAUAAUUAACACUGAGUGACUGGUGAUGUUUUAUCAGUAACUGUUAUAACCUAAUCACAAUUGUAAUACACCUGCAAUAACAAAACCUCUGGUGAUAAGUUUUCAGUUUCCUUCUGCCACUCAUCAUGACAUCAUUUCCCUCCCAUUUCCACACUUCUGUGAAUCUACACCAUCCGAGCACAAAGUUUAUGCAUCUAUUUCUGCUCCUUUCUCAAAACACUUACCGAGUGGGGUGAUGCAGAGGUUUGUACACUUGACUCUCAUACAGGAGGAUGACAACUGGAAUCCCUGUCCAGCCCUCCAGAUUGAGGUUUUCUGUGAUUUCCCUAAAUCACUCUAGGCAAAUACUGGGAUGAUUCCUUUGGGGGAAACACACAUCUGAUUUCCCUCCCGCAACCUUUUGUUGUCUGAGCAUCCUACAUCUCUUAUGACUAUACUAUCAAUGGGACAUUGAAUGCUAAUCUUCCUUCUUUUGCAAAAUACUUUUACUGUGCAGCAACAAUAUACUCCAUAUUAUCUCUAAAAUUGAUACAAUUGCAGUGGAAGAGCUGUAACCACUUCCAGUACCAUCUGAGGAGGAAGCUUUCCAAACUACUGACUUCCUACGCCCACCAGGUAAGACUAUUGCCCACCAAAGAGCCCAUCACUUUCGUCCAACCUGUCCAUCAGUGCCACGUAGCUGAUAUACUCCAUUAGUUGCACAUCCUUUAAAAACACUACUCCCAAAUACUCUGCAGAUUCCUCAACCUGUCUUCCAAAAAAAUGACUUUGGAAGUAAAAGGCCUUCCAAAAUGUCUCACCUUCAAUCCCAAACGUAGGUCCAACUGCGCUAGGCUUGUCAAAGAGCUAGUUAAAUUCGAGGUAAGCAUUUUUUCGCCACCCAGCCUACUGACAACAGCCAGAUUGCCGACCUCUUAUCUGGUCAAUCAGUUUGAAUCCUAUAUAGGGAUUGUGCAAUAUCAUGACAUUAUUGCUGCAGCCAUUUCUUACUGUUGCUUGUGGCUUCUAAAAAUAUAUGCCUUAUUUCAUUACUCAUUUAAAUAAUUGGUCAUAGGUCUAAUGCUAGGCUUGUAAGAUCAUUACUUAAUAUAGUGAUGGAAAGCCCAUGAUAGGAAAAGUUAACAAAAAUAAGAAAAUGUAACUUCUUUCCUACAGACAAAUGAUGUAUGGCACAUGCAACAGAUUACAGUAUACCUUUUUUUCCAGUGUAAGUGCACAGACUAUCACACAUACAUCCACACCAACAGCAAUUCAACUCGGUGAUAAUGACGAUAUCAACUUUUUCCACUAUCAUUCCAAAGUUGCUAUAUGUAUGAGUUUGCUUUGAAAAGUUCUCGGAAUCACCACAAUAGGUCAGCGCUAGUGCAACAAGUUGUUCAUGUGAUAUUCAUUGGACCGUUGCCGGUAAACACAUGCCCCGUCAGCGUCCUUGGAAGAGAGCUGUGGUGGUGACAAGGCUCUGUUGUUCCCACGUAGUGAUUUGCGAAGAUGGAAAACACUGAGAUUUGAGCACUCGUAAAGAAAGGUAUGAAAGCAAAGGACAUUUAUGCCGAUUCCCAGAACACACUUGGGCACUCUGCUACUUCAUACUCAACUGUCGCCAAGUGGACAAAUGAAUUUAAAUUUGGUUGGGAGAACUUAUUUAUUUUAUUUAUUUCAUUAACAGUACAGAGUAACCCACCGCCUUGAAAUGUAAGGUGGGUCGGAUGCUUAUGAAUCUAAUAGCAAACACUUCUCAUUGUUACAUUCUUAUUGGUAUCCAGUUGUUAAUGCUUUUUUAAAAAAAAAUAAUAUAAAGAAUAUAAUAUAUAGAGAUUUCUCUGAGGUUACAUCAAAUUCAAUGCUGAAAAAUUGUUAAAAUGGUUCCAUAUAAUUUGUU